UCAUAGAUUUCGAUCCUUACAAAGAGGAUCUGAUGAGGAUCCGGACUCGAGAUCGAAAGGCAGUGAGCAUCCCCACGUACACGAUGACGCUUUAUUUCGGUGACGCGAAGCAGAGGGAAAACUAGGGGGAUCGAAAUUUGUGGCGGCCCCGCGAGAAAGCUCGCCUAAAAUCAAAACCAAAAGAUCAGCGAAAGGAAACUCAGAAGCAGCGACAAAGAAUCGAUAAAAAAUUCAAAAAAUGGUGCUAUGGGAGAUCACAUUAGCCACCGCCUAUUUCUUAGGGCUCCGUCGCACUUACAGACUCGCCCUCAAGAUUCAGCGCCGCCUCAUCGGCCCUAACCACCCUAAGAUCCGUGAAUUUGCUCACAGGAGAACACGUGCUGUGUUUGAUGUAGCUGUCAAGGUUCACAAGAACAUACAGGAACGAGACAUAGAAGUUGGUAGAAAUCUUGGUAACCAGAUCCUGCGUUGGCUCGAUCGGAUGAAACCUGAAGCUGAGAUUCGGGGUCCCUUGGACAAACCUCCCGCUGGUUCUAACUCUAGCACGAGUAUUACAAAGCAGGUGGACUCCUCCCAGCUCAAAACUCCUGGAAGCACCCAGAUAACCAGAAAUCAGGAAUCUGACAGACAUAUGUUUUCAACAAUGACAAAUAUGUGGUCUAAACCGUUGCCUCCAAUUACAAUGAUGAUGAGAUCACGGAAACCUUCGGGGAAUAUGACCCACUACCGCCACUUAUGCAUGAACGCACCUCAAGCAUUAAGAUCGAACAACAGUACGGGGGGGUUUGGAGGAGUUAUACGAAAGGACAUAAUGCAGUGGAUGCUGCAAAAAUGAUGGAAACGAUGUACUUCCCCUUUGUGUUUUCGUAGACGCCAAACAAUCUUGAGAUGGGAUUAAGGAGCGAAAGGUUUUGAGGAUGUGAUACGGUUCCUCUGAAGUUGAUCGGACUGUUGUCUCUUCAAAAUCUGCUUUCAGAUAAUUUUUUGGUCUUUCUUUUUUCUGAAACAAACUACAAGAUACUCUUUGUUUUGGUUGUUGUUCCUUGUUCUCUUUGUUUGUUUUUCGGGAUAGGUGGUAUCAUCGAGUGACACGAUGAGAUGAUUUUGUAAUUAAAUAAAGGAGAAGUUAAUCAAUGAAUGUUGCUCUGCAAUAAGUUCUGACCAUAGUCAGCUCAGCUA